AUUGGCUGUUGCCGGAAUCAUUGUGCCGAAGAGGUCCAACCUCAGAUAAGAAGGACCUCGAUCGAUAAUGGCUAAUUAUUGCGUUUUUGGUGUUGCUGUAUUACUUUUGCUGGCCGCGAUUCCGUUCUCACGAGUCGAUAGCUACGGGCUGCGAGCCGAACCCUUGCUGCUGGAAUUCGGAACGUUUGCUGCCGCGGAUCGGACAUGUCUUUAUAGGAAGAUCUUCAAAGGACAGCCAAGUCCGGUUACGAUUAAUUUCAACAAUCCGUCCAAUACGCUAAUAGAUUACAUCAAGGUCGAAGUUUCCCAAGGGCGAAGGAAGGGUGGCGUUACUGGUAAUAUCAUUCGAGGUGCCGUCGGAACGGUUUCGGUGUCACUCUCAGUGACAGAAUCUAGCGGUAAAAGUACAUUCCAAAAUGAUGCUCAGGUAACUAUUUUAUGCGCUCCUAAUUGAACUGAAUUAAAGUUGCCGCUAAAGAAGAACCUAAUUUUAAACAUUAUUAUAUUCAAAUACUUCCUAUAAUAUAUAAAAAAUUUA